AUGAAAGAUGCUUUCACGGGUGGCAGGCAUGUCUGGCACCAAGAUUACGGAUAUUGGUAUAAGAAUGGCUGUCUGACUCCAGACCUUAUGACUGUUUACAUGGCUCUGGAUCCAUGUACAAAGGAAAAUGGAUGCUUACAGGUUUUGAGAGGGAGCCAUAAAUGUGGUCGGGUGGACCACGGCUUCGUCGCUGGCCAAACCGGAAUUGACAAAGAAAGGCUGAAGCAUCUAAUGGACAGAUAUGAGAAAAUCUACGUGGAAAUGGAACCAGGUGAUGCCUUGUUUUUUCAUUGUAACUUGGUGCACAUGGCCGACCACAACAGGAGCCCGAAGCGCCGCUGGACACUUCUGUACGCUUACAACCUGCGGGAAAAUAAUCCCGUCUAUAAACACCACCAUCCACAAUAUAACUAUCUUCAAAAGAUCCCAGAUUCUGAAGUUAAAGACUGUGAGAAUUACAGUGACAUGAGCGGCAAAGAAUUUAUCAAUGGCAGCCAAGACAAAACGGUCAAAAGUUAG